CCGGCACGACGCCGCAUCGUUUCUCCUUCUGUGUUUGUUUCUGGCUAGCUAAGCUGACCGAUAAGAGUUUCAUAAUGCGGGCACAAAACGGAAGACUUUGGGGGACUUUAAACGAUGGCAAAUUCGAAGUGCGCAGUGUCACGGAGUCGGACCUAGAAGAGGCGCUGGAUGUUCUUGAUAAUUCCUUCUUUUUAAACGAAUCAGUGUGCAAUGCCUGUGAAAUUAAUUUGCCAGAAAAUGAUCAGGCCCGCCGGGAACUGCGUGAAUUGAGCAAAAUAACCGCUCUGGACGGAGUAUCCUUGUUGGUGAAGGAAGUGGAAAGCAAUCGUGUGGUGGCUGUGGCCUUUAACAAAAUACAGUUUUCGCCGCCGCCUGGCGAGGAUCACUUCUUCCUGAAGUUUCUCAACGAAAGUGUUAAAAGUCCCCAAGCCAAGUGUCUGAUGAACUUUAUGAUCGGAAUGGACGAGAGAAUCGAUGUGUGUGACAUGUACAAAAUGGACUGCUUCUUGGAGCUCAUGUUUCUGUCCACUCUGCCGAGUCACGAGCGAUUGGGUCUGGGGCGCUCCUUGUCGGAGUUUAGCAUACAGCUCACAAAGGAACUUUCUGUGGGCAAGGGUCUCGAGGAUAUCAACGAAGAGCUGCGCUCCAAACGUCCUGUGGCUGUCACUGCUCUCUGGACUUCCAGCUUCUCUCAAAAAUUGGGAAAAGCCAUCGGCUUUAAGGUGCUCAACUCGGUUCCCUAUACAGAGUUUGCAUACAAUGGAAAGCGCUUCGAUGAGCGCAUAAACCAGUUGCACAAGUUCUGCGAGCAUGUCAUAUAUAAAUUUUAA